CUCUCGUCCUGGACAACUUUUUGAUGUGACCUCGAAUCUGGACUACGAUUAGACUAACGACAACUGACCACGACAAUUACCGCGACCCCCACCCCACGGCCCGUUGGCUGCGAUCCGUUGCAGAAUACCUAAUACAGUCCGGAACGAAGCUCAAAUCCCAGUUUGAGCCCCUGCCGACAUUCUCAUUUAGCCGCUCGCACUCGGCGAGGCUCGGUGCUUGAUCGCCCACUGGUCUUCGUCGACGCGGAGGACUUGGAGACAGUCACAACUACGCACCACACACACCUUUAUACAGUUCGGGAACCGCGAUCAUGGGUGUCCUCAACGGAGUACAUAUGUACUCGCAUUUGCAAAACGCCUGCCGGGCACGCCUCGGCUUGACCUCAGUCCCCUCCAACAAGUACAACCUCAAGAUCGCCCUGUGCCUACACAAGCUCGGCUUCCUCUCCUUCGUCGCCCGGGGAGGAAUCCAUCCGCCUGAUCCGGCCCGGCUAUCCUCACACGUGCCUGAACCCCUGACGACAGCCAAUGUUGCGCAGCAGCGCCUCUGGCUCGGGCUAAAGUACCUCAAUAACGAGCCCGUCAUGAAGACAUUGAAACCCAUCUCCACGCCCAAGCGCAUUGUGUCGGCAGAUCUUGCGACCCUUGAGCGCGUCAGUCGUGGCCAGGACACCCCGUAUCAGCGCGGGUUGAACCUCGGCGAGUGUUUGAUUGUCGGCACGGAUCGAGGCAUCAUGGAUAGUCGGGAGGCAGCCGAGCGCAAGAUUGGCGGCACCCUGCUGUUUCGCGUUAGUCCUUAAGAGGGACUUGGCCGCAACUUGGCAUUUGUCUAGUGUGGACGCUUUUGUCAUUUGUGCUUAUAACCUUAUACCAAUGUACCUUCCAGCGCAGGCUUGUCAGGUUGCGUGUGGGUGGGAGGACAGUAGCGGCCUGUAGACCAAACAAGGAACAAGGCUGCAAGCAACCAGCAAGUGGGUGAAGCACGGAGGAAGAUUUGAAGGGAGGACGCCGACCCGAGCACAUAUCUACGCCCAAUAGGAUGCUUCGUUAGCCGACUUCUCAAGGCGCCGCAACCGUGGAAGCACAACGGCCAGGAAACUUUGAUUUGAGCAAGGCUCUGUCAAACAAGGAGCCGCGAUACUGGAGACAUCUUUGAUGCCCUGCUCUGGUCGUGGGACACGUCCACAAGAUUCCGGGAUUUAGGACUUGCCAACACGAGGCAGUACUCGGAUGGCUCCCCUCAUAUGUACACCCUAUGUAUUCAAUCUGUAAAUAUGUCA